CUUACUGUCAUCACCUUUAGAGAGGAGGUGAAACGCAGAGAUCAGAGAGAAGAGUCCAUCUAACUUAUCAGUUCUAGAUGUGUGGAAGAGAGGAAGCAGAGAAGAAAUGGACAACCAAAGAAAACAUCUAUCCCAUUCCAUUGAAGAGAUUCUGAGGAAGCCUACGUGCAUCAGAAAACAAGUUCAGAGGGUCUGCACCGUCAUUCAGGAGAACACCAGAGUGCUGAACCAGGAUUCAUGGGCAGAGACGUCUCAAAGUAGCUCACCAGAAGAGUCUUCGAACACAACCACAGAUGCUAAAAGUGCACAUCUGAGGAAAAAAAGACAAACGAGGAUCACGUUCACACCAUUCCAGGUGAACAAGCUGGAGAAGGUUUUCCAACGGAUGCAGUAUCCCAACAUCGAGACCAGAGACCAGUUAGUGUCCAGCCUCCACCUCACCAAGGGCCGAAUUCAGAUUUGGUUCCAGAACCGCAGAGCUAAAUGGAGGAAAGCUGAAACACUUAAAGAUUUAGAACGGAUGACCAGCAAAUAUGUACAAUCAGCCAAUCAUCAUCAUCUUUACUAUGAGGAUGAAGUGAUGAGUCCUCUGUCAACUUUAAACUGUCAACGCUGCGAACCGUAUCACGAAGCCGCAGCUGCAGGUAGCGUGCUGGCAGCCGUACCACUUACCUUGCCGCUUCACAGUCACGACGACCACUGUGCUGACCGAAACACCUUUUCCAAACCACAGGACUCCGGGUUUUGACUAUCGGACAACAGAAAGAUAACACAAGACUGUGAUGUUAUCCAGAUUACUCUGGUAUAAAAAUCGGACAACUUUCUGGGGAUGAAUGCAAACUUCUGUCUGGUGUUCAGCUCCUCAUAAACAG